AUGAAAGAGACAUGCCAACUGGCAAAGCAGGUGGAUAAUGAACAACUGAAUUUGGAGGGUGCAGACAUUGAAAGUAUGGAUGCCACCAAAUUAAGCCGUUUCAUUCAUAUCAACAGCCUCCGCUUUGUGACAGAGUACAAUGCUAUGACUGUGCUGGGUCUGUUUAACACCAUGAUUGAGAUUCAUCUUCUCCUGAUGAUGAACAAGGCUUCUCCAGAGUAUGAAGAAAACUUGCACAGAUACCAGACAGCAGCUAAGCUCUUCCAGGGAAAGAUUCUCUUUGUUCUGGUGGACAGUAGUCUAAAGGAAAAUGGAAAGGUAGUAUCGUAUUUCAAACUAAAGGAGACUCAACUGCCAGCUUUGGCGAUUUACCGGACUCUUGAUGAUAAGUGGGAUACACUGUCCAUAGCAGAAGUCACAGUAGAGCAAGUGCAGGACUUCUGUGAGGGAUUCCUAAAAGGGAAAGUGUUGAAAGAAAACAAUAAAUUAGAAGAAAAGACUCCAAAGGAAGAACUCUGACUUUUCCCUGAUACUUCUAUUGCUAAACAUACCUA